AAAAGGAUUAGGCCUACAGAAUGGAUUAAUAAAGAUUUUUCUGGUUAGGAAUCACCUCUUUUUUAGGGGGCACUCAAAGCAGAUUUUCAAGGCAAGAUGCAACAGAACGCAAAGAGCUCAUUCCCUCAUCUCUUUCAAAUAUAGGAGGUGGACAACACUGAUAACUCAUUCUGGUUACAACAAAGGUUCACGUAAGCUACAUUUAUAAAGGACAGUUCUGCAGAAGAGUUCUCAACGACACUCUGCCUUCAGUCACCCAAGGAUCCUGAAGAGAGGGAGAGACUACCCUCAACUGGACUGAGCAGAAAUCGACCUCGGCUCCACUACAAACAGGCAUUUCCUCAAAGUUCUGCAGAUAGUUGUGAAAUGCCAGAAUUUGCUCUUUACUACACUCCCACACGACCAUUGCAUGUAACGAAACACAUGAGAAAUUAAUCCAGACAAGGAAAAGUUUGCCGGCGCGGGGGAUCGAACCUGCGGGAGCCACUCCUUUACCAGUCGGCCAAAGAGGUACCCCCCUGGCUAAGUGGGUUAUGGGAGGCUCGCCCAUCAGGCAAGUCAGCACUACACGUCUCCCCAUUCCCAUUUAGAUUAAUUUCUGUGUGUUGAUUUCCCAUUUUCUAUGAACUUCGGAGAGCAUGGGCCAUCACUCUACCUGUUACUAUCUCGGGGUGACACAACAGAACCACAGGAGAGGAUGCCCACCGCUUUGCCACCAGUGAAAUGCCAGAAUUUUUCUCUUUUCUACACUCACACACGUCCUCUGCGUGUAACGAAACACACGAGAAAUUAAUCCAGACAAGGAAAGGAUUGCCAUCGCCGGGAAUCGAACCCGCGACCAGCGUAACGGGAGAGCCACUCCUUUACCAGUCAGCCAAAGAGGUUUUGUGUGGAAUUCAGUACAAGAGAAUAAGAGGAAGUUGACACUGAAAUUUUGUCUGAAAAGAAGAUACACAAAAGUGGAAGUCAAUCAUAGUAAAUUUUAGAGGUAGAGAAAAUUUGUAUAUGAAAACAUGGAAAUGGAAAUGGAGGGAAUAAGAACAGAAGAGACACCAUGUGUGAUGGCAGAGAACAAUACAGCCAUGAGUGAGGGUGAACCCAUGAUGACAAAAAACAAGAAAAUCAAAAACAAAAAAAAGAAACGUGGACAGAAUAAAAAGCUUGGUAUUAAGCUCCAAAGUAAAAAGGGGGAACCAGCUUCCCUGAAUACCAAUAAGAAAUGGGAUGGUGGCAAAAAAAACGCAGAAAAGAGAAAAGAAGUUGCAAAACCAGGAGGAGAAGAAAAUGAUGCCAUGCAAAACCAAAACAACCAGCAAGAAAAAACUGCAAAGAAAAGACGUAAUCACAGAGACUUUGCAAUCAGUUCUGCAAAGAUGGAGCUCACAGCUUCGAUACACCAGGAAACUGAAGGGCGGACUAGCCACAGGGACGAUCGCACCCUGUAUGUUCGCUUCCCUCAAUCUCUCUCUGUACGUGAGAAGUCUUACGUGCAGCCCAUGGUGCCAACGGCUGUGGACAUCCGCUUCCCUCGUCUCUCUCCUGGAAACUCUGCCAAGUUUUGCUACAUUGAGUUUGAGACAGAAGAGGAAGCCUCGGUGAUGAAGGAUAAAAUUGAAAAAAUUGAGGUCAAUGGUGAAGCCUUCUAUGUAGAUUAUGUCGGCAAAAAAUCCAAAUCAUUUAAUGAAAAAGAACCUAGAACUAUCGAUCCUCUUAGGUUGUAUGUUGGAGGCUUGCCCAAAGAAAUACAGUACAGUGACAUGAAGGAAAUCUUCCCCACAGCAAGUCGAAUCUUUUAUCGGAAAGCCAGUCACAAAAUCAGCCAGAGUUAUGCCUAUAUCAUCUACAAGACUCAUGAGGAAGCCUUGAAAGUGUUUAAUGCCACCAGGGACCUGAAAAUACUUGGAAAGGAAGUGAUUGUCAUAUUUGCUACUUACAAAAGUGGCAGUGCAGUAAAUGAAGAUGAAGACCAGUCAAUCGCACACCUCAGCAAGAAACUAAAGACAGAGGCCAUGUGAUCAACUGACUGCAACGAUAAUAGAAAACUGAAGAAAUGGAUGAAGUCAGGAUUUUAUAUCACCUACCCCAAUCACUGCAGCAAAGGGCAAGCCUCAGGCUCAUCAUCACCACAGUUAGAUGAUACUCUUAAGAUGUUAAUAUUACUAUAUUGUGGAUGAUUGUCUGUUGAUUCACUGCUAAGUGCUACACAACCAUUUUUUAUUUAAAUAAGUGCACUGUAGGCAUCAAGGUCAGCAACAGACCUAGGUUCAGUUGCUAGAUAAGCUGCAUGAUGAGUUGCCUAGCUUUGAGGUGGAGUCUGGGGGCUCUGUGGCCAAUGCUCAGCUGAAGACUGGUGUGAAUUUGAUCCCAGCUCAUGCCAGUUCCUUGGCGAGGUAGAGCUCUCUUGUAACCCAAAGUUAUGUGGUCUUGGCUGCCAAGCUAGGAAGGAUUUAUUAAUCACCUGACUUUGAGAUACUUUUUUUGUGAAGCAGAAUCACAUAAAAAUAAGAUUGACAAAACUGUCACACCUAUAUCAGUUAAGUUUGUUGACCAAAGUGCUUUACCAAUGUGUCACUUAGUUAUGGCCAAGAUUGAAAUUUGACCCUCCUGUACUUGACAAUUUAAUUACAAAAAAAAAAAAAAAAUGGUAAAAAAAGUUAAGCCAGUAUUUUUCAUCCUUUUGAAACCAUCAUGCACAUAUAGUAUUACUUCUGUACAGUUCAGGUAUGUGAAAGUGUAUGCCUCUUGCAGACAAGUGUAUUGGUUACUCAUUUCUAACUGUGGUGGGGCAACAUUCACUUCUUUCAACAUGAACUGAAGUGUGAUGUAUCAUUAAUACCUAGUCACAUAAUAGGAAGGCGGUGGCUGAGUAUUUAGCGUAUUGGCACAGCAUGCUGGAGGAUGCAGGUUCAUGUCCCACCCACCUCCACAAGUUGGGAUUUUUCAGUCACCACCAAGUAGCCUUAAGGUCCAUCCACAUGGUUGAACAUUGUCCGUCGAACACCCAGUUACCAGUUAACAAUGAGAAACGGAAAGGAGCGCUGAUGACAUCAGCAGCGAGCACCAAGGGGUGUAACAUACACUGCCCGUGUUCGUAGUUUCGGAACUUCGGACACUGUCUGGCGGGACAGAGGCGUAGAAGAACGACAUUGCCAGGCACAGGAUGACCAGUUACUUGUUUACCGGAUGAACUGAGGCUGUCAGUUGAUUAGGUCUCACCUGCCCUGUCAACAUGGCUAGCCAUACGUCUGUCAGUUGUCUCUCCAUACUAACAUACCGACGCUGACUUAGAUACCCAGCAGACAUCAGCUUCGAACAUUGUCUGCCGGUCUUAGCCUGGUGAACGGAGUAGAAAUUAUGGUAUACAGCUUCAUCUGGUACCACAGUUUGUUGCCAUAUCAACUUCCCUAGUUUCAACACUUAUGACAUCAUCCUGCUUCGCCUUAUUAUGGUAUCAGCGUUUGUCAGACAGACAGAGUUCGACCUUCAUGCUGUUCUGAAGACUACUUGUCAACCCAGAUGCUAGGGGGCAGCAUGAGCCAAGCAAGAUGGUGCUGCUUGCCUGUACCACAACAGGCUGGGGCCAACCAUUAAGCCCCACCAAGAAAGCCUACUAAUGCCAAAGGCAUUGCAAUUACUUUUUAAAAAGAUAUAGUAAUGAAUGGAUGCACAUCACUACCUAACCCAAGUAAUCACACCCCUGAAUAAUACUUUAGUAGAACCUGGCUCCUGACUUUCAUAUAUAAUCUUUUAAAGAUUUUCCAUGCCAUCACUUAUGGAGGUAUGGCUGUUAGAUACCCAGUACCCACUUUCCUCACCCAGACAAUUUUUUUUAUUAUUUCACCCUCUGUAUGCAGCACCAAUACAUUGCCCUCUUCCCUCCAAUUCAAACUUCCUGGUACUUACACAGUUGUUUAUGGGAUGCAUUUGUCUCAAGUUCCUUCAACACAUCUGCCAUAAGAAUGUAUUUCUAGUCACACCACUACGUCAAUUUCCUGCUUUUUUUUUAGGUGUACUUUGAGCAAAUUAGACCUACCCAGUUCAUAAAAGGACAAAUCAAAGACAACUAGGGACUGGAGCAGCUUAUUUUGAAGGUUAGUGUGCAAAUGGAAGAUCAGCAAGUUAUAAAGACAUUCCUGGUUCUAUAACAAUUCUCAAGAUAAUACCAUAUUCACUGCACAUACAAAAAAUGUUAGGCAAUACAUAAACCUUUCAAACAACUAACUUGCUACAGAUAAGGUUCACUUACAUCAAAAUAAGAAAUUACUUGUUUCUAAAACUUAUUUUGUCAAUGUGUAUGAAAAUAUUUUUGUGACUGAUAAUAUAGAAUUAUCUUCAGAACAAGAUAUGAUAAAAUAAAUUCCACAAUUAUCACUUACAACCAUACGACCACAAAAACCAUAAGCACUUAGUAACCUCAUGUGAUACUUGAGGUGAUUGUCAAUGUACUCCAAAAGUAGCACACAAGCAUCUUGCUACCAGCCCCUGGCUGCUCAGCCCAUCUCCCAGCAGGACCACUGGCCCCUUCGGCCUGGCCAGUGGUGGUGCUUCCCAUAC